AUGUCCGAAUACUGGAAAUCGACGCCCAAAUACUGGUGCAAGCACUGCAAAACCUAUAUCCGGGACACGAAGCUGGAGAAGACGAACCAUGAAGCAACGCCAAAGCAUCAAGGUAACCUGAAGCGUUUCCUGCGCGAUCUUCACCGAGGCCACGAGAAGGAUGAGAAGGACAAGGAGCGAUCCAAGUUGGAGGUGGAACGACUCAAGGGCCUGGUAUCCGGCGGCGGAUCGAGCUCAGCAGCAAGUUCUUCAAGUUCAGCAUUUGGAAGAGGACCCACGCCAUCAGCACCUAAGCCGCAGGCUACAGAAGCGUCGAGGAAGAAGCAGCUGGCUCAACUAGCAGAGAUGGGCAUCAGUAUACCCGGUGAGCUGAGGUCAGGAAUGGCAAUGCCCGGAGAAUGGCAGGUCACGUCAGAACGCAUCAUCGAGCCUGAGGGUUCCGAGAAGAAACCAGAGGCAUUGGCUUUGGGGGUACGGAAGCGGGUGGUCGAUGAAGACGAGGCAGAAUUGAACGAGGCAAAGAAGCGGAGAUGGGGCUCUGCAUAUCGAACACACCCGACAGAAGACGGAGAUGAUGAUCUGGACGCGUUAUUAAGCAAUGCGACCCGCAAAGGCAAGGAACCAGUUACGAAAGUUGAGGUUAAGGAAGAAGUCAAACGAGAAACCAGUGAGCCAAAGUUAGAGGAGGCCAGCGAUCCAAAGGAAGAGACACAAUCAACGGAUGUUCCGGAACCCACUGGCAUCAAAAAGGAACUCUCUGAAGUAGAUAGCAAGACCCUUGAUUCCCUGCCUCCUGUUGAAGGCCUCAAGCAGGAAGCAGAUGAGCAAGCUUGUUCAGGAGUGGUGUUUAAGAAGCGGAAAGCGAAGAAUAUCCGCCAGAAAUGA